GGCUGCAUGUCGCUAAGCUAACUACAGUAGGCUAGGGGUUUGCAAGCGCUGCGUGUGUGUGAGUGUGUUUUGUGAAUGGAGCUCAUUACGCAUGCAGCCUUCUGGACGCCCCAUUCACAACUCCCGCUGUCUGUGUGUGUGUGUGUGUGUGUGUGUGUGUGUGCGCGCGCGCGCGUGUGCGUGUGUGUGUGCAUGUGUGUGUGGUGUAUGUGUGUGUGCAUGUGUGUGCGCGUUUGUCCCACUGCCUUCUCUCCGUGCAGGCUGCUCCGAUUUUUCUCCACACCGCCUCAAUGAGCGCGAACAGUUAACGCAUGGACUGUAACAUGGAUGGAUAUUUAGAUCAGCAAGUGCCUUACACUUUAGCAAAUAGGUCGCAAGGAAAUGGGCCCCUAAAUAGACUGUUGGUGGCAGCAAAAAGGAAAUACAUGGACACCGAAUUACCCCCUCAGGAAUCUGAAGAUCUCUUUCAAGAUUUAAGUCAGCUUCAGGAGACAUGGCUCACAGAAGCUCAAGUACCUGACAGUGAUGAGCAGUUUGUUCCUGACUUCAUCUCAGAAAACUUGGCAUUCCACAGCCCACCGGUGAAGAUUAAGAAGGAGCCUCAGAGCCCAGGCUCAGACCCCAGCCAGUCCUGCAGUCACAAGCAGAGCUUUAGCUAUCCCAGUGGAGAGCAGUGCCUUUAUGCCAGUGCCUAUGAACAGAAGAGAGCAGCAGCAACAUCAGCAGCAGGACCCAAAAGCUCCUGCCCUGGGACUCCCAUGUCCCCCAUGCAGCAUUACUCCCCAAAACCACUGGUGGGCACCCGACCUGAAACGGGGUACAUGAACUCUCCCUCUGCCAGUCAGUCACACCCCAGCCAUGGCCAGACUUACCCCAUAAAUCCAAGCUCCAGCUUUCCAACAGGCUCAGGGGAGAUGUGUGCCCCGUUUGGACCUCCAGGUCAAACUCUGCAGCGUAUGCCCUCUACCCCUGCAGGAGGUGCAGGCACUGGGGGUAACAGUGGGUACCACAGACAGCACUCAGACCCCUGCAUGCCCUACCUCCAGCAGAGCUUCAAGCAGGAAUUUUUGGACCCACUGUAUGAGCGAGCAGCCCACAUGGGCACAGUGGCCCCUCAGAGGUUCCCUCCAGCCCAUAUGAUGGUCAAGCAGGAACCCACUGACUACACUUAUGAGCCUGAUGUGCCUGGUUGCACCUCCAUGUACCACCACAAUGAAGGCUACCCCAGUACCCAGCACAACAAUGAAGGCUACAUGUUUGAAAGUGACGCCCGCGUUGUUCCAGAGAAAUUUGAAGGUGAGGUGAAACAGGAGGGCAGCAGUGUGUUCCGUGAUGGCGCCCCCUAUCAGCGGCGUGGCUCUCUGCAGCUCUGGCAGUUUCUGGUAGCUCUCUUGGAUGAUCCUGGCAAUGCACACUUUAUUGCCUGGACCGGUCGUGGCAUGGAGUUCAAACUCAUUGAGCCAGAAGAGGUCGCCAGGCUCUGGGGGAUGCAGAAGAACCGUCCAGCCAUGAAUUAUGACAAACUGAGUCGCUCCCUACGCUACUACUAUGAGAAAGGAAUUAUGCAAAAAGUGGCGGGCGAGCGCUACGUUUACAAAUUCGUGUGUGAGCCGGAGGCACUGAUCUCCCUGGCGUUCCCUGACAAUCAGCGGCCUAGCGUGAAGGCCGAGUUUGAGCGUUAUGUCAACGAGGAAGACACGGUGCCACUGUCUCACUUGGACGAAGGAGUGACUUACCCCUCUGAUCCCGCUGCCACCAACUUGGGCCCUCAGCCCUACUCCAAAGGCUACAUGUACUAAUGCCACCUACAGGCCUGAUAUUCCCCCAUGCACCUAUUGCACAUGUCAACCCCAUCCACUUGUAUAUAUAAGGCUAUGGUGUUCUUUCUUGGUUUGUUUAAAUUAAUAUCAUUAGGGACCUCCUCUCAUCUCUGCGGCCUAUUCAGUACAAACACGUGCCUGUGGUUCAGCAAAGUGCUUAAUAAAAAGACCCAGUUAU